UUGGUUUUUUACACGCAACUAUUUGAGUCUAGUCCUGAUCUCUGGCAGCGGGUAGUGUGGUAUCGCUGUUGCGGCCAGUCAUUAGUCCAGCACCCGCAUCGGGCCGCCUCAAUCUGUCUCAACCCGUGGUGCCUGCACCUGAUCAAAUUGGGACGAAAAGACGAAGGUCAGGAGUGUGAAUAAGUGAUUGAGCGAAAGGCGUGGUGAACGAGGAGGUACGUUGCCGCGGCUCCCUGCCUCUUUUUGUUUCUGCCUCUAAAAAUGGUGUCCUUGACCUUUGGUGAAGUGGUGGUGGACCGCCCCUCUCGUCGAUACAAUCUCGAAGACGAGGACGAUCCCGUGCCCAGACUGUACGAGCUAUUUUUUGAGGGACCGAAGGCCCAAACUUUACUUUUGGCAACCAAUGAGGUGGCUCUUGGGUUUUCCUCGCUAUAUUUCUUGACAGCGGGUCAAAAACCGGACGGCAAGAUCGUCGAGACCCUCAAAGAUGAGCAAUCCUCCUCUCGAGAUGUUUGUCACAUUUUUACCGUGACAAAAGGUCUAAUUGUGUGUCAUGCGCUCGAUGCCAAUCCUGACCUCAACUAUGUUAAUGACAUAGGCUCCAAGAUCCUGGAGCUGUUGGAGACCGAAGCACACAUCAUCAUUCUGGCCUCUGAUAGUUUGAGUAAUUUCAAGACUGUCGAUUUGGAGUUGGAUCGCCAAAGUGAUCUUCUAAGAAAGCUCGUGUCCGAUUCCUGGCAGGAGAGCACGUCCUGGAGUUCACCACCACCACCACCAUUGGAGAGCCCUAACAUGGUGUCGGGAAUUCCGGCGGCCCUCAUGACUUUUGCUCAGUUCAAGAAGAUUCCAUGCCUUAUCCUGAUUAACUACGUCGACUCUAAAACCUUGGACUCGAUUACACUUCAGGGCUUUAAGAAAGUGUUUGAAAUCCCAUUGCUCCAGUCGUUUAGCCCGACAAUCCCGCAAAAGAAUGUUGAAAAAAGGCUCAGAGAGCUAAUAUCGAAAGUAGAACAAGGUAAUUUGUAUAUCUGAUCUGGCCAAUCGUUCUGCUCGGAAAGAAAUAAACGAGAAUGGAUGAAAUUCGUUAUUUUUUAUUGCA